GACUGUUGCCUUGUCUUCGCAGACAACUGGCAGUUGGAGAGACCCAGCAAAGAGUACGUCCUUGGAGAUAAUAUUAACUUUGAAGCUUCUGUCGUCCAGUUCUACCAUGUGCCCCUCRGAGUCUUUGUGGACAACUGUGUAGCCACAGUCAUCCCAAACACCAACACUGUCCCAAGAUAUGCCUUCAUCGAGAACRGUGGUUGUCUGGUCGACACCAAGCUGACAGGCUCCAGGUCCCAGUUCAUACCUCGCACCAUGGAUGACACUCUCCAGUUCCAGAUAGAAGCCUUUAGGUUUCAUGCUGUGAACACUGGCUCACUAUACGUUACCUGCCUCCUGAAAGCCACAACUGCUUCAGCCCCUAUUGAUCAUGAGAACAAGGCUUGUUCCUUCUCGAAUGGAUGGCGCGAGGCCAGUAAGAAAGACCAGGUGUGUGGCUGUUGUGACACAGACUGUGGCAUGAGAAGGGAACCGGAUCCAGGUUUCCAGUGGGAGCAGGACAUUUCUGUUGGUCRUCUCAACAUAAAGGAAAAGCUUCUUGACUGAUGGCGUAAUUCUCAACUGGACUGACUUUGCUGCCCAAAUGCAUUCUGGAUGAUAAAAAAAUAUAUUGAGAUUAAG